ACACCUACCUCGUAGGUCGGGAGGAAAGAUAUUAACAUGACUAAAACAUAUAUUCCCAACUACAAGUAUUUAUAAUAAAACCCAACCAACCACUCCUAUAAGUAUAGCCACCAAAAUUUCAAACAUACACAAAACACAACACAAUACACAAAUUAAACACAAAGAAGAACAAACAAACAUGAUGUUUACUUCCAAAAUGUUUGUUGUAAUCAUGGUGGCAUUGACGGCGGCGGCGAUGAUUGGGCUGGAAGCCCAAACGCCGCCGUCGUGUGCCUCGAAAUUAGUGCCAUGUGCACCAUACCUUAACUCAUCAAGACCACCAGCAGAGUGUUGUGAUCCAUUGAGAGAAGCAAUAACACAAGAUUUAGAUUGUUUAUGUAAAUUGUAUGAGAAUCCAACAUUGUUGCCUUCACUUGGUAUUAAUGUUACUCAAGCACUUGCACUUCCUAAAGCUUGUAAUAUCCCUGGUGAUAUCAGUUCUUGUAAAGGUGCUGCUCCAGGUCCAAAUUCUCAAGGCUUGCCACCCCCAGCUACACCGGGAGGAAGCAAUGGAGUAAACAAAUUUACAUGGAGUGGAAUGUCAAUUUUUGUUGUACUUUGUGCUUCUUUGAUGCUUGCUUAGCUACAUGUAUUGUUGUUCGUUUCACUCAAUCAUUUUAUAAUUUUGUCUAGUGUUACAUUCUUGAUAUAAGGAUUUGGUAUACUUAAUUAUUA